CAUAUGUUCUUUUUUCAAAGGUUUCUUACCUACUGGAAGGGGGCAGCAUGGCCCAUGAGGACUUCUGUGGACAUGUUGGAAAGCUGAACCCAGGAGACCUGCAGUGGAUGACCGCAGGCCGGGGCAUUGUGCAUGCCGAGAUGCCUUGCUCUGAAGAGCCAGCUCAUGGCCUGCAGCUGUGGGUUAACUUGAGGGGUUCCGAGAAGAUGGUGGAGCCUCAGUACCAGGAACUGAAAAACAGUGAGAUCCCUAAGCCCAGUAAGGAUGGUGUGACAGUUGCUGUCAUUUCUGGAGAAGCCCUGGGAAUAAAGUCCAAGAUUUACACUCGCACACCAACCUUGUAUUUGGACUUCCAGUUGGAUCAAGGAGCAAAGCACACCCAGCCGAUUCCUAAAGGAUGGACAAGCUUCAUUUAUACCAUAUCCGGAGAUGUGUACAUUGGCCCUGAUGAUGCACAGCAGAAAAUAGAACCUCAUCACACAGCCGUGCUGGGGGAAGGCGACAGUGUCCAGGUGGAGAAUAAGGAUCCUGAGAGAAGUCACUUCGUGCUAAUUGCUGGUGAGCCUUUAAAAGAACCAGUUGUCCAACAUGGUCCAUUCGUGAUGAACACCAACGAAGAGAUUUCUCAGGCCAUUCUUGACUUCAGAAAUGGAAAGAAUGGCUUUGAAAGAGCCAAAACCUGGAGAUCAAAGAUUGGAAAUGAGUAAAGGGCACUGGAGCAGGUGUUUCUGCUUUCUAGAAUGUUGCCAUUAGCGGCACCUGUCUAUUUCAUAAAGCUGGCUUAGCUAGGGCUUUGAUAGCUGUCCGUACUAAAGUGAUGGCUUUGUUUCUGUAACAAUGCAAAUGAAAUGCUUCAGAGCACAUGCAAAUAAACAUGGUUGUUGCUUCUUCCAAAA